AUGGCUGCUCAUCGACGAGAUAGUGAUGAGAAGAAAAGGAGUUAUGGGAAAAGACAACCUUUUUCUCCUGAGGCACAAUUCUCGGAAAUGAAACUGCGGAUGGAAGCGAUCUCAGCUCGUCAGGACACAUUCAAGUCAAGGAUCGAGUCACAUCAGUCUACUCUAAUACUGGUUGCAACAGCAUCGCGACAGUUACUGCAGUCGGUGGCAAACUCCACUAAAAAGAUCAACGAACUACAAGAAUGGCGUCAGAACAAGACGAUCAAAGACGUGAGAAUACGCCGAUUUAUGGGUCGGUUGCAAAGGAGCCUUAAAGCCUUAGCCGACUUGCUAACCAUGGAUGGAUGUGCAAACAAGCCAUGUCAGCACGGAGGUACAUGCUUGCCACGAUUCGGCAAGAAGUACAAUUGUUUGUGCCCUCCGUAUCGUACGGGUGAAAAUUGCGAGGAAGAUAUCGAUGAAUGCGCUAUCUAUGAAGGAACCCAUGCAGGAUGUCAGAACAACGCAACGUGUGAGAAUCACGACACCGGCUUCAGGUGA